UUACUACUACUAUUUCCUCGCAAAAGCAAAUUGUUGUAUAAAUAAGAGCACAAAGCAAGUAUCAUUGCGUAAAACUAGAUGUCCAAUCUGUCAAUUGAUAAAAGUUUGCGCGUACAGAGUUCAUUUUAGUAUUCAAGAUGCUCUAUUGCAUGAUCUUCCUAUUUUGCCUGAUCUCAGGCACAUUUUCCGACGAUACCAAAUCGCCACGAAUAGUGAUCGUUGGUGCCGGUGCAUCUGGUAUCGCAGCUGCGGCGAAAUUAAUUGAAAAUGGCCUGGAAAAUCUUAUAAUUUUAGAAGCCGAAAAUCGAAUCGGUGGACGUGUGAAUACAGUCAAAUUUGAUGAUUAUCUGGUCGAUUUAGGCGCGCAAUGGAUUCACGGAGAAAAGGGAAAUGUUGCGUAUGAAUUGGUAGCUCCUUUGAAUAUUACAGAUAACUCUAAGCCACACGAUGAUGAAGUAUACACAUCUACAGGCGAGUUGAUUGAUACCAGAAUCACAAAAAAUCUUACAGAUAGUUACUUCAAUUACUUAGAGUCGAUUGAAUACAUAACGAAUAACGAAUGUUACGAUUCCAUCGGCGAAUGUUUCGAAAAUAAGUUGAAAGACGAUUUUACGCAAUUUCCGGAAUUAAAUGAAACUCUACAGGAACAAUUAUUAUGGCUUUUCAAUAUGAUGCAAAUUGGUUACGAUCCUGCUGAUAAUUGGUAUGAUAUCGCAGCAAAAGGAUAUUUAGAAUAUAAAAUAUGCAAGGGAGAUCUAGCGAUUAAUUGGAAAGAACGAGGAUAUGGCACUAUUCUAGAUAUAUUAAUGAAAAAAUUUCCAAAUCCAGAAGAAGAAUUACCCGUAUUGAAUAAAACGAUUCUCAAUGUUGAAGUAACACAAGUUGAUUAUUCAAGUGAAGAUAAUACUGUAAAAGUAACGACCCUCGAUGGAAAAGAAUAUAUAGCUGAUCAUGUUAUUAUGACGCCUUCUUUAGGAGUGCUUAAAGAACAGCACGAAACAUUAUUUAAUCCUCCAUUAUCGGAAUCAAAAAUUAGAAAUAUUAAAGCAAUAGGAUAUGGAAAUGCUUGUAAGAUAUUUUUAGCAUUUAACGAUACAUGGUUUAAUGUCAAAGAUACAAAUAAAAUAGGAUAUAGGAUUUUAUGGAGUAAAGAAGAGAGAAAGAAGCUUGAUAGUAAUCCAAAAACGAGAUGGAUGCCUUAUGCGGUAGGUUUCUUUUUUGUCGAACACAAGCCUCGUUUAUUAUAUGUAUGGGUAUCUGGAAAAGGUGCACGUUUAAUGGAUGAUGUCACUGAUGACGAAGUUUUUGAUCAAACAGUAGAGAUGUUAUACAAUCUGUUGUCAAAAAAUUAUAAUGUCAGUAGGCCAACUGCAAUGAUAAGGAGUAAAUGGCAUGAAAAUAAACAUUUCCGCGGUACAUAUAGUUAUCAAAGUAUGGAAACAGUAAAAACAAAUUCUAGCGCAUUGCAAUUAUCCCAACCAAUUAUAAAAAAGGGGAAGCCAAUAAUUUUAUUCGGUGGUGAAGCUACUAAUGAACACUACUUUUCUACAGUACAUGGAGCUAUUGGCUCUGGAUGGAGAGAAGCUGAAAGAUUGAUAAAUCUUUAUGAUAAAAAUAAUCGUACAAUUAAUAAUAUAUGAUAAAAUAAUAAAUUUUAUUUAAAUUUGUAAUUAGAGACCAUUUAUUACAUUUAUUAUAUAUUAUUAAUAUCUAGCUAUAAAUUGAACAUGACCUGAUUGAAAUUAUAUAUAUAUAUGAAACUAUACAAUAUAAAAUAUGAUUAUUUUAUUUAUUUUGCCUUU